AUGGACCACCCAAACAACGCCGGCUACAAUGCCUCCUUGCUCGCUGCAAGGCCGGCUUCACAUGCAAGCCCGGCAGGUGCUGAUAUCCGCUCAAAUAAAAGAAAACGAGAAGGGGACUUUGGGGGCUAUGUCCGUAGCUUCCCCGGUCUCAGCCCUUUCACCUCUGCCUCGCUGCCAGGGGCACAGGACGCGCCGUACCCUUUCCCCGGUCGUAACCCCAGCCUAGAGGAGUUUGGCGCAUAUUAUCAUGCGGGCCAAAAUGCAUCGCAAAGCGCGCUGCCAGCUUUGCAGACCCGAGCCACUACGAUCCAAUCCACUAUCCGCCCCCAGGCCCAGCAAUACGGAGCAACGUCUCAGAAGCGUGCUCGGCCUUGGCUCCGCAUUCCCCGGGUCGACGACCCCCCUGGUGGUGAUGGUUUCAGAGCGCCAGGCGCCUCGGGGAUGGGCCACAGAGCCGACAACUAUGCCCACGAGCCGGUCACCUUCUGUGAUCCCAUGCAGCCCCACACGACGCUCGUUAUAUCUUCCCCUUCAUUAUCCCAUCAUGGUGAUAAGUCCAUGCCCUCUUCCUAUCUCCAUCCUCAAGGUCACAGCCACAUGACCUAUGUCUUCCAACCGCCACAGAGUCAGUUGAACGUCUACGAUGCUUUGAACAAUACCUCCUUAUCCGAGCCAAAUCUGCACAACUCCCGUUUCUCAGUUCCCAUGGACCAGACCUUCGCGUAUGGCCGAGUUCAUGCCAUGCAAGGGUCUGAGGUGAAUCGUCCCAUCAUUGCGCCGACAGAUACCCCCAUGAUGGUGCCUGUCACGUCGUCAUCUGGGUAUCAACAGGAUCACAGCCUUAUACAACAACAGCCACGAUGGGUGGAGGUCGUGAAGGACAUGGGAGAUGGAACCGCGAAGGAAGAGCUAGUAGACGACUCCGACUUUGAAGAUCGUGAAGUGGUCCCUGUUUCCACACCAUUGGGCGGCUCUUAUGAGGAUCUCUCCCAUACCCUGACCGAGUCCAACAUGGGCUUGGCCGGCACCGGUAACUCGGACAUGGCAGAGAAUGCUUUGCGGAGAGGCUCUCUCGAUAAGAAGAAGCGUGGCCCCCUGAGAGAAGACAAGCGGAAAGCAACGUGCGACACUCGUAGCAUGGGCGCCUGUAUAAGAUGCCACAAUCAGCGAAUUCGGUGCCACCCCAACCCAUCGGAGCCGAACAACCGUGAUGCUCCGUGUCAAUCAUGCCUCGCGUUUUCCAAAGAUUCGAAAAAGACCAUCCACAAUAUCCCUUGUAUUCGCGACAAAAUCAUUGGGAUAAGGAUCUUCCGCGCCGGCGGGUUGAACUUGACGAAACGUUUCACCCACACUCAGGUCGUAGAUAUCGAUAAGCGUGACCAAUGGGGCCCUGUUCGGCAAGUCAUGAUGGUUCAGGGGUUGUGCAACGAACCAAAGGUGGUCGUACCACUAUGCAAGGCGCCCAUCGUUUUGCAAGUCCGUCGCUUCAAUCCGGCUCCCACAGAUAUCAAUGAGCGAAGAUAUGUCGCCAACGGCUAUCCCGCGGUUCAGCCUUUGCAGCCCUUUUGUCUGGUUAAUGUGGAAAAGGCCGCGGCGCAGUUCAAUUCAUACAUCAACGCCAACGCGGUGCAUGGUCUUGAGGAGGCUGUGGAAAAGUCUGAUGAAAUCGUGAAGCGGACUUUUGCCAUCAUUGCCGAGAAAUGCCACGAACUCACUAAAACGACAGAAGACACAAACAACAAGAACGACAAAGAUGCCAAGUGUCAGAAGGACCAGGGAGAGCUUUUAACAAGUGCAGUCCGUCUCUGGUUUGCUAUCCGCCAUGGCAUAGGGUCCGCAUGGCUGGAAAAAAGCACCGAUAUGGCCGACACGCUUGACAUGCAUCCGGUGUACAAGGAUGACUACCCGCUCUACGGUCGCGUCGAUGUGCCACGCAUGAUUGUCGCCCAGUUCGAUAGCAUUCGUCAUGAGCGCAUUUAUAAAAAUCUCGCUCCCCGUGUGCUGAAGCUUUACGAGAAGCUCAUCACAUCGAGUGACAUGCAGAACUGGUUCGUCAUUUAUCUGGUGACCUUUUUGUUCCUGCAUCAAGUCAGCUGCAUCUCGUUUGAUCGGUAUCGUCGUGUGAGAGAUAACUCGGGUGGCACGCAACAGCAAACCCGUUAUGGACCAAUUGCGCCAGGUCAGGACUCUCCCUCUGAAUUUGUCGAAAGUGCUUUCGUCGAAGAGGUACAGCAUGGAGGUGUGGUUCUUUUGGCCUACUGGCAGUACUUCAAGCGCACCGACCUCAUGUGCUUAGACUGGGAUAAGAGAGUCGAUACCAAGCUAAGCACUCUGGAGCCAGAGCAAGCCGAUCUUCUGUGGUGGACUGUUGAGCAGCUGAAGAGCGUUGACCCGAACACAGGAAGGACCAAGUUGGAUAGCAUUCCAAAAACCCCAGCCCAAGGCUGCUGGGAGCACGAACUGUACUGGGUAUCGCGGAUGUUCGAUUCAACCUCGACCAGGGAUUCACAGUGGUCACCUCCCGAGACAUUUACCCGCGCUAAGCCGAGUGUUGGGCGUGAGUAUACACCGCCUAGACCAUCUCAGUCGCCUUGA